AUGGUGCCAGCCGUGGCGCAACGGCCUGGGGAUGCAAUCUCAUCGCCAGAGUUGGUCCGGGCGGAAUCGUUUGACUUUACGACGCCGCUCUCGCCCAAGUCUAGUCAGGUCAUCAAAGAGGAAGAACUAGAAGAUUGUAGUGCAGAGUUUUUCGUGAAAAGGCUGCGACAACUCUCUUGGACAGCAGCAUCCGGUGACCCAAAUAGCCGACAGACAAGGGAGUCUUCGGGGACAAGUGCUGGGAGCUACACAUAUUCCCGGCUCAAAUUCGACUUCCUACAGUCAGAAGUCUCGUUUCGACUCCCCCCGAGGCCCUAUGCGUUCCACCUGCUCCAGACCUUCGAUGAAGGCUUUAGCGAAUAUCACUGGUUUCUCCGCAAGAGAUUCCGGGAAAGAAUAGUCUUGACCUACUCAGACCCGCAGUCACAGUCUCAUGACCGCAACUGGCUGUGCAGGGUGUCGGUCGUCUUGGCCCUCGCCGAGAGCUGGAAUCGAUCACGAAUGUCUUCAGCUGUGCACAUGGAAACCGCGGGCAAACAUCCGGCUAGUCCACCUCAGAAAGAGGCCGCCGUUCCCCCGGAGCUACCUACGCAUCCGCAGACAGCGUCACAAACACUGCCGCCGCCUCCGGGUUCCGACUUUUUCGAGCAGGGGCUGAUGCUGCUGAAGAUGUCCGCCGAGGAACCCGUGCCCGAAGAUGUUGAGGCACUAUGCUUGAUUGCGUUCUACUGCUAUUCACUCAACCGACGUAAAACGGCUUACUCGUAUGCCAGCCAGAGUGUGGCACUCGCCAAGCUCCUGCAGCUCCACAAACCACAGCCCCUUUCUAAGAAUCCAGAGCAACAGCGACAGGAUCGCGUCAUGAAUGAGCACAGAAAGAGGCUGUGGUGGACAUCCUACUGCAUGGACAGAAUGAUAUCAACUGAGUUGGGCGUUGCCGCCGCCGUAUCCUGUGUUCCGGAAGGGAUGCAACUUCCGACAUCAGUCGGACUGGACGCCAACGAUCUUGAAGAGUUCUCCGAUCCGGGACUUUUGACUAUGCAAACACAGCUCUGUGAGAUCAAGCGCAACGUCGUCAGAACCGCGGCUCAACACGUCGACGUUGAUGACGAGCGAUGGUUGGCGAUUAUCAAACCAUGUCUCGAUACUCUGAAAGAAUGGAGAUCAAGUUUACCACCACAAUUCGCUUUCACGUUUGAGGAGAGCUUGCCUACGAGAUUGAUGGAAGCACCUCAUGGUAGAAUCUUGGCUUCCACGUACAUGAGGUACCACCAGAAACGGCGCUUGGACAGCCAGUCAAAUGUCACCAGCUGCGACACAACAUUAGAUGUGGACGAUCCUACGAGGACUGUCAAGAUUCAUUGCCUUCAAGCCGCUCGAAACAAUUGCAAGAUAUUAAUCGGACUGUGGAAUUACGAUAAAAUUGCGAAAUUCGGAUACUGGGAGUCUCUGCAUUUAUUCUCCGGCCUAGCCAUCCUGGCACUCGCCCGAGUCUCUAUCGAGCGAGGAAAAGACUUUACACCAAACAGCGAAGACGACGUGGCACUCUACACGCGGACCAGAGCGCUGCUCAAAGAGAUGGCCCGCGUGGGUAACCCCGCGGCCAAAGAUCACGACGUCUUGCUCUCGGAUGUCGAGGCAAUGGUGAAGAGAAUCUCCCGAGAAGAGAAGACCACGCUACGACAAUCGAGUGUCCAGGAGACUGAAGGGAGUGGUGGAAUGGAGGUUGAUCUGAGUUUCUCUGAUCUCAUGUUUUCUGACGCGGGCGCCGAGCAGCAAAUUUGGGGCGACAAGGACUGGGAAAGUAUUUUGAGCACGUAUACGCAAGGCAUCUGA